AUCCGAUGGCUCCUAAGGGGCGGGCGCGAGCUUCGGCUUAGCAUUUAGCAACUUAGACGACAGCUCAACACGAAGCGUCCAAUUUAGUUCAUAUCCUACUUGAUGGAUUGUUUACUCACAAUAUUCCCAUUUAAUGACUCCUAGUUCCCACAAUGUAUAAUUGGCAUUUUAAAAAGAUGAACGCUCCCGUUAGACCGGUGCUAGCGUCUACGUAGCUAACUUUGCGUUACGUCUCUACUCGCGUUAUUUCCCCCCUAUUCCUCUUCGAGUCCUCCACAAUAUAGCAAUAAAUUAUGCCUACUGUGGUGUUAAUGGACGCGUCCCUGUCCAUGACUAGGCCGCUGUCGCAGGACACUAAUGAGGAGUUCCAGAGGAAGAACUUAGCCGUUCACGGGCUCAAUAUGUUAUUCGAGCACAUGGCCUCCAACUACCGCUUGGAGUUCACCGCACUCAUGGCCUUCUCGUCCCUCUGGGAACUAUUGGUGCCGUUCACCAGGGACUAUAACGCUUUACAGGACGCCCUCAGCAACCUAGAAGACUAUGACAAGACGUGCGUGGAAUCCGCUCUGAAUGGGGUCAGCAGCGUGGUGCAGCAAGAGUGGGGGAGUGCUUGUCCCUGUCAGGUGGUGCUGGUGACUGACGGAUCACUCGGUAUUGGGAAAGGCUCCCUGCGUCAUUCCCUGCAAACAUUGAGGCACCGAGGGGACGAGAAGAAGUUCCCUCUGCCUUUCCCUUUCCCUACCAAAAUGUUCAUCAUGUGCGUCGCCACUACAGAGGAGUUACAGAUGACAGGUGCUUUGGAUAAAUGGGAGGAACUUCUUUGUCUCAGUGGAGGUGACGGACAGGUCUUCACUGUUGAGGGCCCACUGUGCAUGCAGGGCGUGCAGGCCAUGUUUGGGAGAUUAAUUGACAGGGCCUACUGUCCGUUCCAUGCUGUCCUGCAUUGUGGGAACUUGUCCGCAGACGUUCAGGUGUUCCCUCGACCAGAGCCUGUUGUGGUGGAUGAGGAGGUGGAACCAUUAGCUCGAACUGUCAACCCAGAUCUGGAAAUCAUGGGCUUCAUUGAAAUCGCUGACAUCUCCAGUCCUCCUGUCAUAUCCAGACACUUGGUCCUGCCUAUUGCUGUCAACAAAGAGGACGACGUUGGCACGGGUGCCGCAGAUGAGCUGGAGGAGGAAGUGUCUGCCAGUCAAAUGGCAGGGAAAAGUCCUAAUUUCUGUGUGCUCUUACAUGGCAGCCUGAAAGUGGAGGGCAUGGUGGCGCUUGUCCAGUUGGGGCCCGAGUGGUUCGGCAUGCUGUACUCCCAAGCGGACAGCAAGAAGAAAUCCAAUCUGAUGAUGUCACUAUUUGAACCCAGUACUGAGCCUCUGCCUUGGCUGGGGAAGAUCUCCCAUUUGGGACCAAUCUCAGAGGCGGCAGAAAAUCCCUACGGAGAGGAUGACAGUAAAAGCCCUUUUCCUGUGCAGCCGCCCGUCAAACGAAGCUAUGCGCAGAAUGUCACAGUGUGGAUUAAAGCCAGUGGACUACAGACCGAUGUGCAAAAGAUUCUGAGGAAUGCCAGAAAACUACCUGAUAAAACACAGACCUUCUAUAAGGAGUUGAACCGCCUUCGGAAGGCCGCCUUGGCUUUUGGGUUUUGGGACCUCCUCAAGGGUGUGGCAGAGCUGCUGGAACGGGAGUGCACGAUGCUGCCCGACUCGGCUCACCCCGACGCCGCUUUCCAGCUCUCUCACGCAGCCCAGCAGCUCAAGCUGGCCAGCACCGGAGACUCCCAGUACGCUGCAUUUGAGCAGAACAUUGUUCCCAUGCACACAGACUUCUCAAGCUGAUCAUGCAUGACUUUGUGGAAAAAUUCACUUAGAUAUGGACGACUGGGUGGACCAAUAGUGAAAGCACCUGCUGUGUGAUUUUUCAACACCUUGUCCCUCACAGGGACUGCUCCAAGAACCUUGUAUGUGGAACAACUAUGGCAAACUUUGCUCUUUGGGGGGGGGGGGGGGCGUUUUUAUACUUUGUAUUAGUAAAGUCUGUGUCAAAUUACUGGUUGAGUUAAAGUAAACUUUUACAACUUGGCAUUGAAAUUAGACAAACAAGCAACAAAGUGAGUUAAACCAUCACACACAGCACACUAGAUCUGCCUUCACAAUGAUUGAUUGACAUUCUGUUUAUCAUUGUGGUAAUUAGCUGCCUUGGGUGAGGAUUACAAGAGAAAGUCAUUUUGUUAUAAUACAGUGUUCUAAACCACAAACCAAAAGAUUGUUCAAAUGAUGCCUCUGAUACUGUCAAGUAGGGCUGCACGAUUAUGGCCAAAAUAAUUAUCCCAAUUAUUUUGAUCAAUAUUGUAAUCACGUUUAUUCCUCAUGGUAGGGAAAAAUAUUUUAUUGCACUAAUUUUUAGCAAACAAUAUUUAAGUUUUCACUUCAAAAUGAAUAUUUAAAUAAGAAUAAUUAAUAGACAAAAAAUUAAUAAAUGUACCCCCCCCCCCCCCCCCAAAAAAAAAAUCUACUUUAGCAAGGGACAACUGAAUAAAUGUGCUAUUAAGAAGUGCAACCAUGAAUUGCAACUUAAUGGAAGCAAAUACAGUUAAUGCAUACGUCACAAAUUGCAAAGAACUCAACAGUUGUGAUUUCCCUCUCUCGACAUUUUUACAUUGCGGUGAGGCCAGCCGAAAAGUUGAAGUCAAGGCAGCUGCUACAACGCUGUUAAUAGUUUCUUACUGUGACACGCCGCCUCUGUGUCAACGUGCUAAAAGGGCUAACUAAAAAAAAAAAGCUUCAUAUAUUACUACAUUGGACACUCAACAGGCCCAAAAAUGUGAAUUCAA